AUGAAUAAUAGGAUUGCUUGUAUGUUAGUUGUUAUCUUGCUAGGGUUAGGACAUAAUUGGGUUAGGGGAGCGAAUUUCAAUAAUUUAGACGUGAGCCGUGGUUACCCUUUCUAUCGCGCCUUGAUAGAUCAUCCCAACCAGAAUAUGGGUGGAUAUAAUAUGGGUGGAUAUAAUAUGGGAGGAUAUAAUAUGGGAGGAUAUAAUAUGGGAGGUCCUAGUAUGAGUAGUCAUAAUAUGAGUGGAUAUAAUGUAGGAGGACCUAGCAUGGGUGGAUAUAAUAUGGGAGGGCCUAGUAUGAGUAGUCAUAAUAUGGGAGGACCUGGUAUGAGUGGAUAUAAUAUGGGAGGACCUAGUAUGGGUAGUUAUAAUAUGGGAGGAUAUAAUAUGAAUGGAUCUAGCGUAGGAGGAGGCCCUAGUAUGGGUAGUUAUAAUAUGGGAGGACAGAAUAUGAUUGAGUGUAAUAUGGGAGGUCCUAGUAUAGGUAGUUAUGGCGUAGGAGGACAGACUAUGAGUGUGUAUAGUGUAGGUGGACAGAAUAUGGGUGGUUAUGGUGUAGGAGGACCUAGUAUGGGUGGAUAUAAUAUGGGAGGACCUAGUAUGGGUGGUUAUAAUAUGGGUAGUUAUAGUAUUGGUAGUUAUAAUAUGGGAGGACAUAGUGUGAAUGGGUAUAGUGUGGGAGGGCAUAGUGUGAAUGAAUAUAGUAUGGGAGGAUCUAGUAUGAGUAGUUAUGACGUGGGAGGGCAUAAUAUGAAUGGAUAUAGUGUGGGUGGUCAUAAUAUGAAUGGGCCUAGUAUGGUCGGACCUAAUAUGAAUGUGCAUAGUGUAGGAGGACACAAUAUGAAUGUGUAUAAUAUGGGAGGACAUGGUGUGAAUGGGUAUAAUGUGGGCGGACAUGGUGUGAAUGGAUAUAAUGUGUGUGGACAUAAUAUGAUUGAGUGUAAUAUAAGAGGUCCUAGUAUGAGUAGUUAUGGCGUAGGAGGACAGACUAUGAAUGUGCAUAGUGUAGGUGGGCAGAAUAUGGGUGGUUAUGGUAUAGAUGGAUAUAGUGCGGGUGGAUAUAGUAUGGGUGGACAAAAUGUGAGUGGUUAUGGUGUGGGUAUGCAGAAUGUGAAUGGAUCUGGCGCGGGUGGAUAUAUUAUGAAAGAGCCUGCUGCAGGUGGGCCUAAUGUAUGUGGUUAUAAUGCCGAUGGUUAUAGUGUAGGUGGACAAAAUGUGGGUGGCUAUGAUGCGAGUGAACAGGCUGUGAAUGGAUCUGAUGUCAGUAGAUAUAAUGUGGGUAGAUAUGAUGCAGAUGGAGAUAGUGCGGAUGAUUGUGAUGCAGAUGGAUAUAGUGCGGAUGGAUAUGAUGCCGAUGAAUAUGAGAGGAAUGUCUAUGAUGAUAUAGAUGACCAAGAUAAUGAAGAUGACCUAAGUCAACAAGACAGCGAUAUAGGAACAGAAAUAGACAAGGCUGCGGGGGAAACGAAACUGGAACUAAGCAUUAUGCACGCACUCUUUUCUCUGGGCAAACUAAAAGAGGAUCGUAAUUCAGCAAAUCAUUUGAAUUACAUCCUGACUCGCAGUAAGGAGAUAAAGCAGAUGUACCAUAUAACCAUCAAGAAUCGCAAAGUCGUGCUAGAACUUAGAUCUAAGCCAGCAGCCGAUAAUCCAGAAGUGGCUCGAUUAAAAACGAUCCUGAUGUCUAAUGUGGCUUCAAUUCGAGCUAAUAUAAUGCGCAUUCGCUGUUUAGUAUAUGCCACUUCAAUAGACGAGUAUGUUUCGUUGCUGAUCUUUAUUCGUCUAGUCAAUGCCUUUGUCAUUAUUAUACAGGAUUGGAUCCCACCUAGUGUUGCUGUGCGGCAUUUGAACUUUAAUCAGACCAUGACUAACUUCCGCGAGGCCCUUUCUCUAGCUACUAGGCCAAAAACGACUUAUAAUGGCACAAUGGUCCUUUCGUUUAAGACCUUUCCCGCCAUAGAAAUAGGCUUUUUGAUCUGCCAAUUCAAAAAUGCCACAGAUGUCGUAUUCCGGCAACAAUAUCAUCCUAACGGCUCGUUUGAGAUGAGAAUGAAGCAUGCAACAAUCCAAACUUCUCUUUUGGGUUCGCAAAAUGAUAGUGCUAAGAUCUUGGUUACUAACCUCUUGUUAGCGAAUAAUGAACAGUCCGAUCAGUUGAUUGAAUAUCUGCAGAAGAAAAGCGAUCUCAAAUUAACUCUACAUAUAUAUAUUGCGAGCUUCAUUAAAUCUGCUAACUUAGAUAGUACCCGCUCUUCUAACCCAAAUACUCUAGCCCAGACGCAGUCCGACCAAAUCAAUCAUGAGCAGCUGAAGGAAAUUACCGAUGACAUCUGCCUUUUAGCUCGUAAGUUGCCAUACCAAAGCAUUGAGAUUGUGCCUGGUAGUUUGCCGAACGUUAUGUUUUCUUCCAAUCAUCUUAUGCAAUGCAUCCACGUGUUUAAUGCAAUUAGGACCACAAGCAACAAACCUCGGCUUGCCUUGAAAGGCUUUCUUUAUGUAGACACCAAGGACAAUAAGCCUUUGCCACCUAGCAUAAUGUGCGAGUUUAGCCAUAUAUUUCUCAUCAACGUCAGCAAUGUGUUUGUCUUCCUGUUGAUUGACAUGAUUGAUGCCACUGAACCACUUGAGAUCAGCUUAUAUCAUGGCAUGAAUUGUAACGAGUCGCAAAACAUCAUCGAUGCCUUAAAACGUGCCGACAAGCCGAACCUCACUAUUUCCUUUUGUCCUAUAUGGAGAUUCUUGCGGGCGGAUUAUCCAACUAUUGAGUCCAUAACCACCAUGGCGCAGCAGCUUAGCGAGCAUAUGCAUUUAUUUAUCCCUAUCACAAACCAUAAGAACUCCUACAACCUAAUUGAGUUCGCCAACCUCUCCAUUUGGGCCAACAAUCCUUUUCCAAAUCCAGAGCUUAUUGACAGGUGCAUAUUUAAAUCGUCUCUCUUCUCCCCUGGCAGUCAUACAAUUAACCGCAUGUUCGACUUCCGUGAUAUUCGCCACUGUACUGGCCUAAUGCCUAUCAACAAAACUAUCGAGUACUUGAACACAAUGCUUAAGUACAUUCUUUCUAUCACCCCUACGACCCCGCUUAAAACAUACCAUAGAAUAACUUCUAUCAAAGUACGGGUAUAUCACUCCAUAUACAAAUGCGAUACAAUUGAGUUACCACUGACCAUUCUUCGGUUUAUUAUUCAAAUAUAUCCUACCAUCAGGAAAAUCAGUCUCACUCGGAUUGUUGCCGAUGACAAAACUGCAGAUGUUUUUAAGACCGCACUAAUCCGGGAAUGGAAGAGAAUGAGAAGCAACAACCCCGAUCGGUCGCUACCCUAUGUUCAAAUCCUUAUCUUCAAUCCACAUAACAGCCAACUGUACUUCUAUCGGCUCGCGCGGAUCUCUAGUACUGGCCAACAAACUCAACCUAUUGUCGAAAAGGUCCUAGACAUCAACCCUCACAGUGAGAAACAUCAAAUCAUUAUGCAAUAA